AAUAAAAAUCUUAUCUUGCCAUUCCAUCAUCACCUCCAACUCCAACACUAUAAUUCACACUGAAACACUCUUAACAAAGUCUCUUCCACCUAAAACUUUCUCACCUUCCAAACAAAAACUUCUUCAGACAACAUAUGAAACACCAAACCACAGAAGCAACAUCAUAAGCUGUCAUAUAAUGACCUUCACAACUGCAAAAUUAACAGAAUUGCCGCUGAGAACCACCUCCACGCUGCCUCUCAGCUCCCACUCCCUCUUAUCUAAAAUCGCCGCAUUUCAAUCCCUCAAAAAACCCUUCUCCAUUGCGACCUCAUCUUCACUUAGAACCAACAAAACCCCUAAAACCCAACAAAAAAACCCUAAUUGGAUCUCCAAAUGGAAGCCUUCUCAAAACCAUUCGAUCAAAAACCCUCCAUCAAAAGUCAGUCAAGAAAAGCCUCAUUAUUUCUCCAAUGACAAGGGCCAAAAUGCCAUUGAAAGAAUCGUACUACGGUUAAGAAAUUUAGGGUUAGGAUCAGACGAUGAAGAUGAAUUAGAAGGAUUGGAGGGGAGUGAAAUCAAUGGUGGUGGUUUAACGGGAGAAGAAAGACUUGGAGACUUGUUAAAAAGAGAGUGGGUCCGGCCGGAUACAGUGGUUUUCAGUAACGAUGAGGGUAGUGACAGUGAUGAAUCUGUGUUGCCAUGGGAGAGGGAAGAAAGUGGGGCAGUGGAAAUGGAAGGAGGGAUAGAGAGUGGGAGGAAAAGGAGAGUAAAGGCGCCGACUUUGGCAGAAUUGACAAUAGAAGAUGAGGAAUUGAGGAGGCUGAGGAGAAUGGGGAUGUUUAUUAGGGAGAGGAUUAGUAUUCCGAAAGCUGGGAUUACUAAUGCGGUUUUGGAGAACAUUCAUGAUAGGUGGAGGAAAGAAGAGUUGGUUAGACUUAAGUUUCAUGAGGUUCUUGCUCAUGAUAUGAAGACUGCUCACGAGAUUGUUGAGCGUCGAACAGGAGGAUUAGUUAUAUGGAGAGCAGGGAGUGUUAUGGUGGUGUUUCGUGGAACUAACUAUCAAGGGCCUCCAUCUAAGUUGCAACCUGCUGAUAGAGAAGGGGAUGCUCUCUUUGUCCCAGAUGUUUCUUCUACUGACAGUGUUAUAACGAGAAGCAGCAACAUUGCAACUUCAUCUUCUGAAAAGAGUAAAUUAGUAAUGAGGAUAACAGAACCUACUGAGAACAUGACAGAAGAGGAAGCUGAACUUAACAGCCUGUUAGAUGGUUUGGGACCCCGUUUUGAGGAGUGGUGGGGUACAGGAUUACUUCCAGUUGAUGCUGAUUUGCUUCCUCCAAAAGUUCCUGGUUACAAAACUCCUUUUAGGCUUCUUCCUGUUGGAAUGCGGGCACGGCUUACUAAUGCGGAAAUGACUAAUAUGCGAAAGCUUGCUAAAGCACUUCCUUGUCAUUUUGCCCUUGGGAGAAACAGAAACCAUCAAGGGCUAGCUGUCGCUAUACUCAAGCUUUGGGAGAAAAGCUUAGUUGCAAAGAUUGCUGUAAAACGGGGUAUCCAGAAUACAAAUAACAAACUGAUGGCAGAUGAACUAAAGAUGUUAACUGGUGGUGUGUUAUUGCUCAGAAACAAGUAUUACAUUGUAAUAUUCCGAGGAAAGGAUUUUCUGCCACAGAGUGUAGCUGCUGCUUUAGCAGAGAGACAGGAAGCGACGAAGCAGAUUCAAGAUGUUGAAGAGAGAGUACGAAGCAAUUCAGUGGAGGCAGCACCAUCAGGUGAAGAUGAAGGAAAGGCACUUGCAGGCACAUUGGCAGAGUUUUAUGAGGCUCAAGCACGGUGGGGAAGAGAUAUAUCCACUGAAGAGCGUGAAAAGAUGAUUGAAGAAGCUUCCAAAGCUAAAACUGCAAGGCUCGUCAAACGAACUGAACAUAAAUUAGCUAUUGCCCAGGCCAAGAAGCUUAGAGCUGAGCGUCUGUUAUCCAAGAUAGAAACUACGAUGGUUCCUUCUGGUCCUGAUUUUGAUCAAGAAACAAUCAGUGAGGAGGAAAGGGUUAUGUUUCGCAGAGUUGGUUUAAGAAUGAAGGCUUACUUGCCACUAGGUAUUCGUGGUGUUUUUGAUGGUGUCAUUGAGAAUAUGCAUUUGCAUUGGAAGCAUAGAGAACUUGUGAAGCUAAUAUCCAAACAAAAGACUCUUGCAUUUGUGGAAGAUACAGCAAAAUUGUUGGAAUAUGAGAGUGGUGGGGUACUAGUGGCAAUAGAAAGAGUUCCCAAAGGGUUUGCUCUUAUUUAUUAUCGCGGGAAGAAUUACCGUCGACCAAUCAGCAUAAGGCCAAGAAACCUUCUAACAAAGGCAAAAGCAUUGAAGCGUUCAGUGGCCAUGCAAAGACAUGAGGCCCUUAGUCAGCACAUAUUUGAAUUGGAAAAGAACAUUGAAGAAAUGGUGAAAGAAAUGGGGCUUUCUAAAGAAGAAGAGAAUGAGAAUAAUUGGAGCUCAGAGGAACAUGCCCCCUUAAAUAAUGUCUCAAAAUUAACCCAAAGUGAGGAUAAAGCUUUUUUCACCGAGUCUGAUAGCGAGGAUGAUUAUAAUGAGGGAAUUAAUUAUGAAGCUGCCAAGGAUUUUUGAAUUUUCAAGCUUCAAAAGUCAUUAUCACCGUGGAACACAAAUAAUUCACAAGUUUUACCUAAGUUAUUGAAGUAACUGGAUUGAAUUUUUGUGUUCCAAGACUUUAAUGCAGGAGGUUCCAUGAUAGGAUCAUUUGCAAUUGUAGUGGAUGAUUCUUGUACACUUUGAAGCUGGAAGGGCAUAUUGCUGUUGGAAUUAACACAAUGAAUGAUUUGCUUAGGUUUGCCUACAUAUUGUUGCAAUUCAACAAAAACCCUUGUUCACUGGCAGUUAUUGAUUCAUGCCUGGUUGCAAACUUGAGGUUCGAGUUCAACUGCAAUCGGCAUUCAUCACCAAUGAUUUCUGUUCAGACUGAACUUUGGUGAUAACAUAUUGUAUCAGCCGGUGUUGUAAAGUCAAAUUUUCCCAGGUGAAGUUACCUGUAACCAACCAGUGAUAAUGCACUCCUUCAGACUGAUUUAUCUUCAAUGAUUGUAUGUGUAAAAGCUUUAUAUAGUAAAGCGUUUUUGUGGCAAUAAAGUGAAACAAUUACCUUUGUA